GUCCCCCCAUACGCCAGAGCCAAACAAAAAAAGGUCUCCUUUUUAUCGUCAACCUGACAAACAAACCCCAGGGAAAGACAAGAACGUAAAAAUUACCUGGAGGGGGAGAGAGUCGAAUUAUGCAUAAGAAAGUUGCAAGGAGAAAAUCCAAGGUAGUGAUGGAAAUAGCGAAUCAGCAGAAGGAGCUGCAGCUGCAGAAGCAGCAGCAGGCCAACAGCAACUUGGUCACUGUGGAGGUGAGCCCAGCGAUCACAAGCAAAAUCGAUGAUGAUGAGGAAAAAUUCAUCUGCACAAGCAACAAGAAAUUGAAGGGUUGCACAAGCAUAGAGAAACGUCGACAGAGAUACGGUCUUUUGUCAUUUCAUCAAUUGCCAGAGUACAUGAAAGACAAUGAGUUCAUAGUUAAUUACUAUAGAGCUGAUUGGCCUCUCAAAGAAGCUUUCUUUAGCUUAUUCCGUUGGCAUAAUGAGACCCUUAACGUUUGGACGCAUUUGCUGGGAUUUGUGUUGUUUUUGGGAUUGACAAUAGCAAAUUCAGUGCAUUUUUCUCAAGUGGCAGAUUUCAUUACAAUGUUUACUAGGCAUUUUCCCACAAGUGCAUCUACCAAUGUCUCUCACAACUCCGAGGAUUUUUCUAUGGGGCCGACCAAACUCAUUGACCUGAAGCGGGAACCACAAUUACAAAUGGAGAUGACUUCCCCGGAGAUGGCCACAACAAGUUGGCCAUUCUUUAUUUUCUUGGGAGGUUCAAUGUUCUGUCUCCUGUCAAGCAGCAUUUGCCACCUGUUUUCUUGCCACUCCCACCGCCUAAACCUCCACCUCCUGCAAAUGGACUAUGCUGGGAUAACAGUGAUGAUAAUUACCUCCUUUUUCCCCCCAAUUUACUACGUCUUCCAGUGUUCUCCCCAUUGGCAAUUGGUUUAUCUCAUUGGAAUCACAGUAAUGGGCAUCUGCACUAUCAUAACGCUGCUCACACCAGCAUUUUCGACAGGAAAAUAUCGCGCUUUUCGAGCUAUUCUCUUCAUGUCCAUGGGAUUCUUUGGCCUCAUCCCUGCAAUCCAUUCCGUGGUAGUUAAUUGGAAUGAUCCUCAUCGCAAUGUGAUACUUUGUUACGAGGCAGUCAUGGCACUAUCCUAUAUAACAGGGACGAUGUUUUAUAUCAGCCGGAUCCCGGAGAGAUGGAAGCCUGGUUUCUUCGAUCUAACAGGUCAGAGUCAUCAACUAUUCCAUGUUUUUGUGGUCAUGGGUGCAUUGGCACAUUAUGGUGCUGCGAAAAUCUUUCUUGAGUACCGCGGCAGAGUUGAGUGUGAGAAGUGAUAUACUGCCAUCUCAGUCAGUACUUUGAGAUUGUUUUACAGUUAUGAGGGUUGAUUUUCAGUUUCACCCGCCCUCGUGGAUAGAGAAGAAACCAUUCUUCAUUGAUUUUUUUAAAUUUUACAUGUCAUUCAACAGUCAUAAUUGUAAUUGUGAGGAUAAUGUUACAUCUGAUAUCAGUGUUCAUGUAUGUGAUGUUACACCUAUGUUUAAGACCACUACAUCUGAUGGCAACGAAAAACUCU